ACCAGGCACUUCAAACAAUAAAGGCGGCUCUGGAAUGUUCCACCAAUCUCCCUUCCUCCAGAAGGCCUCUGCUGGCGGGGAAGGGCUCACUCGCCCCAAUUCCAGCUUCACUCCUCUCACUGCCUCGGCUCCCUGAUACAAGGCCCAGGGUCAGGACAGGCAGAGGCGCUGCGCUCCAGGAGGCCUCCGGCCGUCGGCCACCAGACCGCCCGGCGGUCUUUUCCAGCUAUGCAAAGAUCCAUGUACAGACUGACUCCUGUGUGAUGGAGAAGUAUGAGAAAAUUGGGAAAAUCGGAGAAGGAUCCUAUGGCGUGGUUUUCAAAUGCAGAAAUAGGGACACGGGUCAGAUGGUGGCCAUCAAGAGGUUUCUGGAAUCAGAAGAAGACCCUGUCAUUAAGAAAAUCGCCCUGCGAGAAGUCCGCAUGCUCAAGCAACUCAAGCAUCCCAACCUUGUGAACCUCCUGGAAGUCUUCAGGAGGAAGCGAAGGCUUCAUUUGGUGUUCGAGUAUUGUGACCACACAGUGCUCCAUGAGCUGGACAGACAUCAGCGAGGGGUACCAGAACAUCUUGUGAAGAGCAUAACUUGGCAGACGCUGCAAGCUGUAAAUUUCUGCCAUAAACACAAUUGCAUACACAGAGAUGUGAAACCAGAAAAUAUCCUCAUCACAAAGCAUUCAGUUGUUAAACUCUGUGAUUUCGGGUUUGCUCGAUUACUGACUGUCCCUGGUGACUACUAUACGGAUUAUGUGGCUACCAGAUGGUACCGCUCACCGGAGCUGUUGGUGGGGGACACACAGUACGGGCCCCCAGUAGAUGUUUGGGCAGUUGGCUGUGUCUUUGCUGAACUGAUAUCAGGAGUGCCUCUGUGGCCAGGAAAAUCGGACGUGGAUCAGCUCUACCUCAUCAGGAAAACGUUGGGGGAUCUCAUUCCUAGGCACCAGCAAGUCUUCAGCAAAAAUCAGUACUUCAGUGGGGUGAAAAUUCCUGACCCUGAAGACACGGAACCCUUGGAAGUAAAACUCCCAAACAUCUCUCACCCUGCCUUGGGACUCUUAAAGGGCUGCCUGCACAUGGACCCCGCUGAGAGACGGAGCUGUGAGCAGCUGUUGCAGCACCCCUAUUUUGAUGGCAUCAGAGAAACAGGGGGUGUGGUGCCAGAACACAACAAACCAACAAGGAAAAACUUCAGACAGAGCCGCAAGCACCUGCCUGGGCUACAAUACCUACCCCAGCUAACCAGCAACAUCAGUAUCCUUCCAGCUCUGGACAAUAAGAAGUACUACUGUAACGCAAAGAAACUGAAUUACCAUUUUCCAAACAUUUAAGGAGCUAGGGGAUUACUGCUAAAGAAGGAAUUGAUCCAUUCUUUAAAAAAGAAUGUUACACAUUUUGUUGAAAACAGUGACAAUGUUGGGAACACACCAGGAAAAAAUACAAACAACUGGGAGGCCACUUGGCAAGAGGUGAAGGGAAACUCCAGAUGUGCUCUUCCAUGCUUGAUUAGGGUGUCGAGAACAGAAAGGAAAGACUUGUUGAAAAAGCACUUUUAGUUUUGUUUAUCUAAGCAGCCAAGUUUAUGGACAGAGUAUUAACUCUACCUACUGCUCAUAUGGCUGU